UAAGUAGCGGAUAAAUUAUUUCGUAUUUUGAAUUUUUCGUAUUGUGUUUGCUAUCUCAUGUAGCUUUACUUACAUCGCUAGGACGAAUACAAGUAUAAACAGUCGAGGCAAAAACUCGUAGGAUUUGCUAAUUUCCCUGGCAGUCGUUUCGCUAGUCACCGAGAAACAACAUCACGCAUUACAUCUUGUACGUCUAAUCGCGUCGGCGAAGAUUCCUCAGACGGCAGAGUUAAACUAGUCACAAAUUAUAACAUAAUCAUGGACGAGGAAAAUAUGUACACAACGAAAAGUGGCAAAUCAUCCGAAUUCAAGGACAGUGGAAAGAAGAAAGGCCUGUCACUAAGAAAUACUGAAAAUCAUGUAGUUUGCAACACGAUGGUAAAACAAUACUCUUCCAACAGAAGAAGGUUUCGCAUUUAUUCCGAAGAAAGCAAUGAAAGUGGUCGAUCACGAUCCCGUGUGAGAAAAGACGUACCCAAAAAAGAGAUAAGAGCAAGGCGAGAUAACGAAGUACUCAAAAAAAUAACCGAAUCAACAAUCAAGCCCGAGAAAUUUAAUCCUGAUUUAUAUAUUUCACGCAGAGCACGUUCUUCAAGCAACUGUCGACAGAAUACUCUUUUAGAAAAAAUUAACGUGAACAGCAAAUUAUUUAACAAUCGGAGAUCUUAUUCCGAAAGCAGAGGAAUUUCAUUGCAAUGUGCACAAAACAGUGUUGUUGAAUUACCCAAUGUCCAAAAAAUUAAACAUCUUACUGACGAUGUUAAAAAACGAACCUCUUUUAGUAUUCAAACAUGGAAAGAGAAAAUGAGGAAACCAUGCACUGGUACAGUUCCCAAAAAUAGGACGGCCAAUACUAAUUUAAAUAACAAAACUUUUUCACUGGUUGGUAUCAAUAAAAUUAAUUCCAGAACGAACUUGCAAAAGAAUUCUGUUACUGGAUCGAUGAAUUUGCAAUCUGAGCUAUUGCAAAAUACGAAUGAAGAUAGUAAACAAGCCCAAAAUAUCGACUCCUUGAAGAAUGCACUUCAGCAGAUAUCAAAUGAAAUUAAUAUAUAUCUGCAAAAUAAUAAGUUACUUUCGACAGUACAAAAUGACACAAACAAGAGAAACUUUAUUUCUGAGAACGCUGACAAUAAUAAUCUAUUAGGCGCUACAUCAUUUAAUUUUAGCUCUAACUGCGUAACACCUUUAGAUGACUCUAUUUUCCCGCCAUUAACUCCAACAAAGAAAUUAGCAAUUAAGAAGAAAAACGAGAUUGAUGUUAUUUGCGAAACACCGUACGAACGUGAUUACUUGGAGGACAUACCAGAAACGGAACGUAAGAGAGAUAUCAACGCUCCGAGGCUUUCCCCUCAUUUUCUGCGUGAAAAUGUAAACGCAAAACAGAGGAGAAUCGUCAUAGGAUACAUUAUUCGUGUUGGCAUACACUGCUACUAUUCAUCUUAUGUCAUUUAUCAGACUAUCAAACUAUUCAAUAUAGUUAUUGAUCGAAUUCAUGUGGGAGUUGACGUUAUACAAUUAAUAGCUCUAGCGUGUCUUUGGAUAAUUCUGAAGCAAGAUGCAGCUAGUGAUAAAAUACCAUCGGCAACUGUAAUUCUGGAAUUAGCGAAAAAUUUAUACAAUAAUCAAGAGAAAGAUUUGUUGAAGUACGAGAAGAAGAUUCUCUGCGCCGUUAAAUUUAACAUACGAUUCGCUGAUCCAUUUUCUUUGCUUUCAUAUUAUAUAUUGAAUGUAAAUCAAGACAGUCGAUCUAAUAUUAUUAAGCCGAAUGAUAUCGCGUGUGUCUACUUUUGCGGUAGUUAUAUGAUCGAUUCAUCUAUGCUAGAUGAAAACUUAUGUGAAACUCCGGUGUAUAUAAUAGCGAUAGCUGCAGUACAGUUGUCGCUUCGUAUUGUAUAUUUGAGCGAUGUUAACGUGAAUCCAGAAUGGUAUCAAGUUUGGAGAAAUAAACAAUCGCUCAUAGAAUGGGAAAAAAGAAUGCUGAAUUCUACGAAGCAGAUUAUGUUACAACGAACCGUAGACUAUAAGGACUUUGGUGCAAAUGUUAUAUACAAGAAAUACACGUGUAGCAAAUACGGUAAAAUCACCAAUUUUCUUCAUAAUAAAUUGAAGAGUAUCUUGUGAUAAAAGAUUAGAUAGUGUCUAGUUAAAGAUAUCACUUGUCCCACGAUGCUAUCGAUGGACGUUAUUAGAUUUCUACUCAACGAGGAAAGUAGGAACAUCAGAUUAUUAAAUCUCUGACUGUCACAUCGUCAUCGGAAGAGCAUUUGCAAAGCUCGAUAUGCAUGAUCGUGAAGAAGAGCUUGUUAAAGAGGGACACUUAUUGGAUAA